AAGAGCACAAUGGGAAAACGUUUUACUGGAGUUGAUGUGUGGUGUCCUGUAGCGUGUUCUCCCACGGCUCUGCUCUCCUCUCCUCGGGAAACCUGUCCUACUCGUCAGAAUCAAUGCGAAGCAGCAGCGAGGAGUGGGCUGGUGGUGUGCUGUCUGUAGCUUUCGAUUCUCUGGAGAACAAGGACUAAACUCUCUGUUGCACUUUUCUUCUUACAUACCUCUUCAGUGCGACGGGGAAGACGGACAACAUGAUUGGCUAUAUCUUCGUGGUUCUGUGUGGAUUGGUUGGCAGUGCGCUCGCAAAGGGUAAGGUGGAUAGGGAGCCUAAGGGGAAGUUCAGUGUUCCUGUUCUGGAUGUGAAGAGUCGACAGCUGGUCCUGGAGGCCAACCAGACUCUGACAAUCCACUGCAGGGGUCGGUGGGAGCUGUCGUGGGCAUUCCCUGGAGGUGUGGCCAGAGAUCAGGAGAGAAUGCGAUUGGAAGAUUCUCGGUGUGGUAGGCAGAGCCAGCAUUACUGCAGCCAACUGACGCUUAGCUCGGCCCAGGCCCAGCACACAGGAUCGUUCCGGUGUCGGUACAGUCAUCGGACGCUCAGGCAGAGAGCUGUCUAUGUCUAUGUCACAGACAGACAGCGGCCAUUUGUGGGGGAGCAGAAUAACAGUCCAGACGUUGUGUAUAUGAAGGAGAGCCAGCCUCUGGUCUUCCCCUGUAGGGUCACCAACCCUGACGCCACUGUCUCAUUGGUCAAGUUUCCUGACCAGGAGUUGACCCCAGACCAGAGGAACAUAGUGUGGAACAGCAGACAGGGCUUCCUCAUCCGCAGCCCCACCUAUUUCUACAUCGGCCUGUUCUCCUGCAAGACCUCUGUCAACGGGACCACGCACUCCCUCAAUUACCUCACACACAGACAAGUGAAUAAGAUCAUGAAGGUAUAUCUGAACAGUACCAGUCCAGUGCAGUCUCUACAGGGGGAGAGUCUGGCCAUCAACUGUACUGUCACUGCAGAGUGGAACAGCAGAGUGUCCAUCAGCUGGGACUACCCUGGACAGGCCAACAGGUCAGCCAUAGUCAGUAGGUGGAUCAUGGCCAGUAAAUUUCACAUGGUGUUCUACAGUAUUCUGUCCAUCCCCAAACUCCACCGCUCUGACAGAGGGCUUUAUAUCUGCCGAGUGACCAGUGGACCGGUCAGUCGAGAGACUAACGUAUCUGUCACAGUCUAUGACCGUCCCUUUAUCCGUCUGAAGCCCAGACAGGGGGCUGAAGUGGAGGCUCAUGCAGGACAGAAGUCAUACCGUCUCUCCCCCAAACUACGAGCCUUCCCUGCCCCAGAAGUCAUCUGGUUGAAGGAUGGGAAGGUGGCAGCGGAGGAGUGUUCCCGUUACCAUGUGGACGGGAAUUCCCUGGUGAUCCGUGAUGUGGUGGAGGAGGAUGCUGGGAAGUACACUAUCCUGGUUGGAAUCCAGGAACACAGACUCUACCAGAACCUAACGCUCUCUCUUGUGGUCAACGUGAGUCCUGGGAUAGGGGAGAAGGCAGUGUCAGUGCAGGACCCAGGUAGUGUUCCGCGGGGUAGCAGACAAGCCCUGCACUGCACCUCCCACGGAGUCCCCCCUCCUCGCAUCGCAUGGCUCUGGCACCCCUGCCCCCCCAAAGGCCUGUGUGUGUGUCCCCCGUCCUCCUCAAUGUGGAGCCCCGUAAAAGAGAGGGCCCCCGGCACUUCCACACACAACCACAUCCUGAGUGUCACACACAGACAAGAAGUCCUCCAGGGGAAGAAUAAGACCGUGGGGGUUUUGAUGGUUGCUGAGGCGUUUGUGUCCGGCGUGUAUCGCUGUAUUGCCUCUAGUUCUGUGGGCAAGGAUGAGCUGGACAUGCCUUUCUAUAUAACAGACGUCCCAGGAGGCUUCAGUGUGAGUCAGGAGGAUGAGCCAAGGGAGGGAGGAGACCUACACCUCACCUGCGUAGCCAAUAAGCACCUGUACACCAAUUUUUCAUGGCAACGGGUGACUGACCCAGCAGAGGCCACACCCCCGACCCCCUCCCUGGGUGGUGAACUGUCCUCAGGAGAGGCCACACCCCCGACCCACUCCCUGGGUGGUGAACUGUCCUCAGGAGAGGCCACACUCCCGACCCCCUCCCUGGGUGGUGAACUGUCCUCAGGAGAGUUUUCUGACACUCUGAGUCUAUUGCUUAGCAACCUGACGGCGGGGGAUUCUGGAACCUACCGCUGCUCCGCCAAUCACCUGCUGACGGGACAGAACACACAUCUGGACACACAGGUGGACGUCACAGUACUGGAGGCUCCGGUGCUGUUACAGAAUCUGUCUGACUGCAGCGUGAACAUCAGCAGCUCAGUGACACUCAGCUGCCGCGCCCACGGAGUGCCACGCCCAUUCAUCACAUGGUACAAGGACCAACACACACUGCUUCAGGGAUCAGGUAUCGUCAUAGCACAAGGAGGCGAGAACCUCCACAUUGACCGAAUCACAGUGGAGGACCAGGGUCUGUACACCUGCCAGGCAACCAAUGAGAGAGGCUCUGUUGAGAGCUCCGCCUACAUCUGGGUUCACAACUCAUCAGGUGGCCUGUCUCUGGAGAUCCCUACUCUCACCUGUACCUGUCUGGUGGCCACUCUCUUCUGGCUGCUUCUCACUCUCUUCAUACGUAAACUCAAAAAGCCAAACUCUUCGAGUGCCAAGGCUGAGUACCUUUCAAUCAUCCUGGACCCAGGGGAGGGGCCUCUGGAGGAGCAGUGUGAUAGGCUACAGUACGACCCAGGCCAAUGGGAGUUCCCCAGAGACCGCCUCAAACUGGAGAAACCUCUGGGCCGUGGGGCCUUUGGGAAAGUCAUGCAGGCGUCUGCCUUUGGCAUCGACAACUCUACAGGCUGCAGGACUGUGGCUGUCAAGAUGCUCAAGGAGGGGGCUACUCCCAGUGACCACAAGGCUCUGAUGACAGAACUGAAGAUCCUGAACCACAUCGGCCACCACCUGAAUGUGGUCAACCUGCUGGGAGCUUGCACCAAGGCAGGGCCUCUCAUGGUGAUAGUGGAGUACUGUAGGUAUGGAAACCUAUCCACCUACCUGAAGAGCAAGAGAGACGUGUUCCUGCUCAACAAAGAUGGGAAGAAGAGGUGUUUCGAGGAGAGAGAGGGCACAGAGGAGGGGGGUAAGAGAGAGAGGACAGAGGAGAGAGGUGUCUCCAAGUCUCCUCUGUUCCUGGAGGAUCUCAUCUCCUUCAGUUUCCAGGUGUCUCGAGGCAUGGAGUUCCUCGCCUCUCGCAAGUGUAUCCACCGUGACCUGGCUGCCAGGAACAUUCUGCUGUCUGAGAACAAAGUGGUGAAGAUCUGUGACUUUGGUCUGGCCAGAGACCUCUACAAAGACCUGGACUACGUCCGCAAGGGAGACGCAAGGCUGCCAUUGAAGUGGAUGUCCCCAGAGUCCAUCUUUGACAAGGUGUUCACGACCCAGAGUGACGUGUGGUCCUAUGGAGUUCUGCUCUGGGAGAUAUUCUCUCUGGGAGCCUCUCCGUACCCAGGCCUGAACAUAGAUGAGGAGUUCUGCCACCAACUAAAGGAGGGAACACGCAUGCGAUCCCCAGAGUACAGCACCCCAGAAAUUUACAGCACCAUGCUGGCAUGCUGGGAGGCUAACCCCUCAGACCGCCCCACCUUCACUGGCCUAGUGGAAACACUGGGAGACCUGCUGGAAGCACGGGUUCAACAGGAUGGGAAGGACUACAUUCCCCUGGGCACGUUCCUGUGUGGAGGGAGAGACCCAGACAGCAGCGUCCAGAGAGACUCCACAGAGAGCUCCCUGACUGACCUGCAUCCACACAGACUCAUCAGCCUAGGCUACAUGAACACCAGGAGCACAGCGACACUCAGGACCUUUGAGGAACUGCCCAGCAAGGACCCGCCUGGCCCGGACGAUGAGCAGGGAGACAGCGGGAUGGUUCUACCCUCUGAGGAACUCAAACGCCUCAAAUGGACCAGCGGCGCCAAGAGCCUCACAAGGUCCUUUACCAUCAGUACGUGCAGGGAGAACCUGGUGCCCUGCAUGUGUAAUGACAUCACUGGUCUCCAUGACGACGAGCCGCCUGUCCUCCCAUGCGACUGUGACGCCGAGGAGAGCUGUUCCCCUCCACCCGACUACAACUCUGCCUUCCUCUACCCCUCCCUCUGACAACUCUAUCAUAUCACACUUCUCCCUCUGGUUAGAACUGCCUUGGUUCCUCCCUCCCAGCACACCAUCACCCCUCGUCUGUCACUCCAUCUAAACACUCACCUCUGUCUUUAGGCCAUCUUCCUCCCUACCUACCUCCCUCUUCGUCAGAUUCAUUAUUGAUGCAGUGCUUCCUUUCUCCAUAACAUACUAUCAGAUGACUUCACUCCAAGGAAACAGUUCCUCUACAGAUUGUAUCUGAUGCUGUAGCUUCCUCAGGGGGACAGGAGUAAGGUAUGUGAAUUACUGAGGCCUGCAUAGGGUGCCACACCCACACCACUAAAUCCAUGAUCGUGUUUUCACAUGCAGCAACACUACAUGUCCAUGUACCAUUCUAUUUAGUAUAGUUGCUCAUCUCUAUAUGGGUACAGCCUAUAGAGCUCAGAGGAACCUCGGUUGCCUCCAGUGACCUGACCAUGAUGUUCCUACACGUGUAUGCUGGAAGAAUGUAUUCAUUAGAAAAUAGUGUUUCACCUAUUUAUUUACAAUAUGUUAACCUCAUGAAAUUGUGUCAAGGCAGGCAACUGCUGUCAGUGAUCAUUAAAAUCAGUAUAUAUAUAUAUAUAUAUAUGUUAGACCAGUCGAUGCAGAGCUAUGGAGAAGUACUGUAUAACGUGUUUAAUAGCCCUGACAUUUGCCCUGACUGACACAAGUAUGUAUGUAUUCAAACACAUCUAAAAAUGUUGAAGUAAAGGAGCGUUAUCACACUGAC